AUGUUUUUGGACGUGGAUGUCGUUGUGGCCGCUAGCCGACCGCUACGGUCUCGAGAGAAAUUCGAGGCUUCGUCGCUGCCGGUGAAAGACCGAGAGAAAACGUCACCUGUCCUCGCUGCCCUCGCUCCCUCCCUCUCUCUCUCCCUCUCUCUGACUGAGCCAGCGGCGAAGAGGCAGAGAUCCGCCAGACUCAUAAUUACACUUUCAAUACCGAGCUUCAGCAUGGACAUGCGCGACGUUAAACGCCGAGCAUCCGCCUGCAGCUAUGCUCUGACGCCAAAGUUAUAA